AAACAACGCCAGUGUUCUCGUCUCUUCCUGGCCACCUCCGGUGUCCCACGGACGCAUAGGAGAGUUUGAACAAAGACGAACUUCCGUGUCUUAUGGACGCACAGGAGAGUUUGAACAAAGACGAGCUUCCGGAGACGACCUGGGGAAGGCGCUGGGACUGGGAUGAAAAGGGAAAGUGCAUUUUGUGUGCACAAAGAGAAGGAAAGUCUCAAGAGUAUGGCCUUUCUGCAUAACUUAUCGUGGCACAACUAUUGUGACACCGUGGAAUCGUUUCUGCCUCUCAUUUCUUCAAGGAAGACUGGAAUUAAAUUCCUUUCUGAAUCCUUGAAGAUAAUGUUGGAUAUUGAGAGAAAAAAAAUAGCAUCAGAGAUAUGUGGUGAAAGGAAUCAGUCUGUUUGUGAGAACAACUCACCUCCUCCCCAAAUAUCAGAUGUUCUCUACCACGUCUCUUGGAGAUGGCCCCUGAUCGAUUUUUAUUGGUCCACUGAAACUAUAACUCAGGAAGUUACAGCACACGUAUAAUAAUGAAUAUUAAAAGGCUGAUGUGG